UGGUGCCGUGAAAAGAUUUGUUCCGUCCAUUGAGAUCUGAUGGAGUUUCCCAUGUUCUGCACCGCAGCAGCUUUUUGUUGGACUAUCUUUCUCAUCUACCUGCUCACAAGAGAUACACGCAAGGCUGACAUUACAUUCAGUGCGGUUACCUUGAUGCCAGUGCAAACUGUGUGCCACAGUUAAGAAGUUUACCAUCGUCAUAAAUCACAGGAGGAAGAGGGGUUCUGGAUAAUUAAUCUGGAAAAGACUGGAGGCAGAUAAACAGGUGCUGUUUUUUGACAUGUAACUGAGGAAUGUGGUUGAUCCAGUGUUGACCCCCCUGAAGAUGACCCUGGGCAAACCUCUCUCAGAUCCUGAAAUGGCACAAAUGUGCUUCGUCUUCCUGCUGAUUGGGAACGCCAUCUCAGUUUCCACACAGUUUAAUGGAUACAACUGUGAUGCCAGCUACCACAGCAGGUUUCCUGCAGAGCGAGACAUUAGCAUUUACUGCGGGGUCCAAACCAUCACCCUGAAGAUCAAUUUCUGUCCCGUUCUCUACUCGGGGUACACAGCUGCAGACCUGGCCCUCAACGGCCAGCACAGCGACGCUCAGUGUCGCGGUUUCAUCAACAACAACACCUUCCCCACUGCCGUCCUUUUUUCAAUCAGCCUCAGCACUCUGGAGGCCUGUGGCAACAGCCUCGUUGUCAGCACAGCUUAUGGGGUCAACGCCUACGGGAACAUGUCUCUGGUACAAAUUGGGAAUAUCUCAGGAUACAUCGACACUCCUGACCCUCCGACUAUAAUCAGCUACCUGCCUGGUUUGCUGUACAAAUUCAGCUGCAGCUACCCAUUAGAGUACCUGGUCAAUAACUCCCAGCUGGCAUCCUCCUCUGCUGCUGUUUCAGUCAAGGACAGUAAUGGCACUUUCGUUAGCACCCUGAGUAUGAUCCUGUACAACGACUCUACAUACAGUCAGCCUCUCUCCAUUCCAAUGACUGGUCUCUCUCUGAAAACCAGGGUCUUUGCUGCUGUAAAGGCCACAAACUUAGACAAACGAUGGAAUAUCUUGAUGGACUACUGUUACACCACCCCCUCAGGGAAUCCUAAUGAUGAACUCCGCUAUGACCUUUUCUUUGGAUGCUAUAAAGAUCCUCAGACGACUGUUUUUGAGAACGGGAAGAGUCAGAUGGGGCGUUUCUCCUUUGAGGUCUUUCGAUUUGUGAAACACAGACACCAGAAAAUGUCCACCGUGUUCUUGCACUGCGUCACCAAGCUUUGCAGGGCAGAUGACUGCAUCAUGCUUAUUCCGAUUUGUGGGAAACGGCGUAGGAGGGAUGGAGAGCAGAGCCUUGAUUCCCGGCCAGCGGCGUCUGGGAACGCCGUUAUCACUGCUGGUCCAAUUAUCACAAGGAGUGAGGAAACACCUGUCAACAACUCCCAGCUUGCACCUGGCGUUUCUUCCCAGCCAUUAAAUGGUUUGACCAUUGCUUUGAUCUCGGGUGUGGCCAUAUUGGGUGGGAUCAGUGUCGGCUUCUUUGUCCUGUCGCUCCGCCUCUUCCAAAAGUCCCGCCUCCCAAGAGCUGCAGCCUCAGGUGUUUGGAAUCCCAGCUUUAAGUGAAUUUGGCUCCUUGUUUUCAUUUAUUUUUUUAGCCUCUUCAGGGCAUCUGAUUGCCCACAAUGAUACACUCAUAACUAUGGUUUUAUAUACAUAUAACAUGUUUUAGGUAUUUAUUGACUUCAAUACCUCAUUUUUUGGGCUUGCCAGUAGUUGAAAACAAUCCUAUUUCAGUUAGAAAAUUAGAAAUGAAUAAAUAAACCAAUUUAGAUAUGUUUUACAACCGUAAUUUGUUAUUAUUUCAACCUUUUGGUUAUUGGUGAGCAAAGUGUUACAUGAAAAAAACAACAACAACAACAACAAAAAACGAUUGUUUAAAUACCAAUAGAUAAAUAAUAUGCUGUAUACCGUUUAAGCCAGGAAGUUUUCAUGAAAAAUAUUCAUACUGAUUAAUUUUAUAUAGAUUUUAUGUCAUUAUAGCCCCAAUUUCCAGUGCAUUUUGUUUGGAAUAAUGAGCUAGACCAGCACAUUCUAGCACAUAAGUAACUAUUGAAGGAAAAUUAUAUAUUUAUCUAUUGUAAAGACAAAUCUUAAAAGUGGUACAUUUGUAUUUUGCUCCCCUAAGUCAGUAUGUCAUAUAACCAUAUUUUGCUACAAUCACAGUUUAAAAACUUAUGGGAAACCUUUUUUUGAAAUGGAGUUUAGAUUUAGAUAAAACCAUUUCUUUAUAUUUUCAGGAUGAUUGUCCUGCAGGAAGGACUCCCAUCCAUUCUGACUAGCUUCCGGUUUGGUCUGAAUCCUAAAUAAAACUCUUUAAAUUUGCAGAUAAAUGCUCUAAAUAUGCAGAUGAUGAAAUGAUCACGGCUUGGUGAAAUGUUCCAACCUUUGGUUGAUGUUUUAUGCUUAUUCUGGUAUGAUAACACUUGUUCUAAUUUUUACCACACCUAUAAGGCCUUUCAUGGAUAUGAAUACAAUGAAAUGAGAUAAUAGAUUGAUAAGAAAAAUAAGUGGAAGACUGGCAUAUAUUCAAGUUCAUGGUUGCAACAGGGCAAAGCAUAAAACGGUGAACCCAACACACUUGCAACACACUUUCAGUCAGUUCAUAGCUUUAUCUUUUAUCAUCAAGGUUAAAAGUAUGUGUAAUGCAAAGAAUGUUUGCUUUUAUUUGUCUGAUUUUAAAAAUAAAAUUUUUAUUCAACUUUUUGUACACCCUGGGACACUUCAUAAAUGGAACAAGUGCUGAUUUACAUUGUGUGUUUAGAAGCGGCCUUUAGAGCAAGAUUCAAAUGUUUCAGAGCUUGAUAUAAUGUUGGGGUUCAUUUUUUUAAGUGUGUUAUUUAUUUCAAGAUACAGUAAAGGUACAAGUGUGCGUGUUGAUGAUUUUCUGAUAAUCGUCUGAGAUGAGGGAUAUAAUGGUUUCAUCUGAGACGAUCAUCAGAAUGUUUGAUGUCGGCUUAGCUCAUCUAGAGCUCAGACUUCAUGGUAUCAUGCAAGAUCUAUAAUGACUGUAAGAGUAAAAAAACUGAUUUAGAUCAAACAAGUUACACACACGGAUGUAACAAAGGGCAGUAGACAAUUAAAAAGAUCCUUGAAAGGACAUAUUAAACUUUGUUCAACUGACCAAAAUAGUUCUGUGUCCAGCUUUCAAAGAAAUGAUUGAUUUAAUGAAAUAACCGCAAGUUAUACAUAGUAUUCUCAAACAUUCUUCUUAUUUAUGUUAGGAGUCACAUCCUGUCUUGUAUCUGGAUUAUGACAAGAAAUAUACUGGAUUUUCUUCAAGGACUAUUUAAGAAUACUUCAACCAAC